AGAAGAGGUAAAGCAGAGGAAAGUUGUCUAGCUAAUUAGGGCUCCCCGGUGGUGGAUGAGAAAACAAAAUAAAAAGACAGAGCAGAUGUGCCAAGCGUGCGUAAUUCUGUAAACAAACCGGUGGACACUGAAACUCUAUUUUUUUAAGACAAGAUUUGAACCAGAGAGGGAGGAAAUCAUGGAGCCGGAGGGGAGCACAGCGGGACAAGCCACUAAUAUGGCACAAUCUGCCGCCUCCAAACUGUCCCAGAUGGGCGAAAGAACUAAACAACUGGUAAUCCAAGACCCAGAACGGCAGAAACGGAUUAUUCUCGUCAUAGUCUGCACAGCACUUUUAUUAGACAACAUGCUUUACAUGGUAAUUGUGCCAAUUAUACCCGAUUACCUUGAAGGGCUACAGAAAUCAGCGGAUCAUGCCCAAGCCGCUGCAGCGCACAGUAACUCCACCAACAGCACCUUCCACAAAGUAGCCAAGGGGAACUUCGACCUACAGAUCGGGGUUCUGUUCGCCUCUAAGGCCAUCCUGCAGCUCCUGGUGAACCCGCUGAGUGGCACGUUUAUAGACAGGGUCGGCUACGAUAUCCCACUUUUCAUCGGACUCAAUGUCAUGUUUCUCUCCACUCUCAUAUUUGCCUUCGCUGACAACUACGCGACCCUGUUCCUGGCGCGCAGCAUGCAGGGCCUCGGCUCGGCUUUCGCGGACACGUCGGGGAUCGCUCUGAUCGCAGACAAGUACACGGAGGAGACGGAGAGGAGCAAAGCGCUGGGUAUAGCCUUGGCUUUCAUCUCUUUUGGGAGCCUUGUGGCGCCCCCAUUUGGAGGGGUCCUCUACGAGUUCGCAGGGAAGCGGGUGCCCUUCCUGAUCCUGGCCUGCAUCUGUCUCGCUGAUGGCGUGCUCUGCCUGACUGUGCUGAAGCCCUUUUCCAACCGAGAGAGAGAAAACAUGCCAGUGGGUACCCCCAUAUACAAAUUGAUGAUUGAUCCUUACAUAGCUGUGGUGGCUGGUGCUCUCACCAUCUGUAACAUCCCUCUUGCUUUCCUUGAGCCCACCAUCGCCAACUGGAUGGAGGAGACCAUGCAUUCCAGCCAGUGGGAGAUCGGCAUGACAUGGUUCCCUGCGUUCUUCCCUCAUGUCCUGGGCGUCUAUCUCACUGUCAAAUUAGCAGCCAAGUACCCUCAUCUCCAGUGGUUCUACGGGGCUAUAGGUAUGGUGUUUAUAGGUGCGAGCUCCUGCACGGUGCCAGCCUGUAAAAACUUUGGCCAGCUCAUGAUCCCACUGUGUGGCAUCUGUUUUGGCAUCGCCUUCGUGGACACGGCGCUCCUGCCGACACUGGGUUUCCUGGUGGACGUGCGCCAUGUGUCAGUGUAUGGCAGCGUGUACGCCAUCGCAGACAUCUCCUACUGUGUGGCCUAUGCCCUGGGGCCCGUGGUGGCCGGACAGAUAGUGCACGAUCUGGGCUUCGUUCAGCUCAACUUGGGCAUGGGGCUCGCCAACGUGCUUUACGCACCGGCGCUCCUGCUGCUGAAGAACGUGACUCAGAUGAAACCCUCUUUCUCUGAGCGAAAUAUGCUCCUAGAGGACGGCCCAACGGGGCUGUAUGACACGAUUAAGAUGGAGCAAAGAGAGAAGAAGAAAAAGGGUUUGUGUACGACGAUUGACGAGAAUGGCAUUGAGACCUUUGCUCAGCGCUCGUUCUCAGAGGAGGAAUCCUCAGGAGGAGAGUAUGCGUAAAAGUCCUUUAACUGAGUGUUAAACGAUCAAAGUGCCCAUUUAGACUUGUGUGUAGCCAGUUUGAUUCAAUCAAAUGCAUAACACGAUUAGGACUGUGUAACAACAUCAAUUAUUUACCGCUUCUGGUGACAAUUCCUCUGGGUUUUUGUCAAAUCAAGUAGCUUCACGCUUUUUUUGGCGCUCGCGUUUCUUCAUUUUAAAAGUGAGAGUAUUGUGAACGAUUUGCUGAGAUAAAUGUCUAUUAGCAGUAUUUAUCAGAAACGGACUCAUAUCGUAUUCAGGGAAUUACGUGUAAAUGUACUUUAACAAAAGAGCAAAUGUAAUGUAUGCGUCUUUCAGUGUGAUCUGUAUUUCUUUUGCUGCUAAACUCAAUAUGCAAUAUUGUGUGUCACACGACAGUUUUAGAAAGGUGGAAAGUAACUGAAAUCUGCGUCUUGUUGUUUGUUUAUUUUGGAUGAUGUACUUCUGGAAUGCAUAGCCUCAAUGUAUGAUCUGCUACUGUACAUACAUGUAUAUUCAUGUACAUAAUUAAAUGAAUAUUACGUGAAUGAUACUGCUUAUUGAAAUAAGUUAUUUAGACAAUAAAUGAAAUUAUUUAUUGUG